GUUCAUUUUCUACAACAGCAGUGGUUGUGGCAUGGGUUGUCAAGCUUCAUAAAGUCCCGCUAAAGUAACCAUUGUGACUCGUGUGCUGUAUUCAAAGCCUUCUAGAGCAGCACGGCAGCUUUAUGAGAGGAAAUGUGAACAUCUGGCUUUACGUCGUAGCUUUCGUCUCUGCUUCUGCACGUUCAGACUCGCACAUCUGUUCAACAUAAGGAUAACGUAUAAUACUUGUAAACGCAACUGGUUUCGCGUAGGAGUGAGUCUGGGAUAAUAACUAGUUAUUCAAAAUGGUACGAGUGUGCGCUUUUCCUGGAUGCUUCAACCGAGAGAAAGCGUUACGUCUGCGGCCGCAGGGAUCGGCGCAAGAUGAAAGUUUGACGUUUCACACGUUACCGAUGCAAGAUCCAGAGAGACUGAAGCUGUGGCUGCUCGCUCUACACCGGGAUAUAAACUCACCCGUUGAAUCCAUCCGUGCAUUGAGAGUGUGCAGCGGGCAUUUUUCGCCUGACGAUUUCCCUGGUCCAAAUCGACGAUAUCUGAAAUCAACAGCAGUGCCUGUCCAGUUAGUAGUACCGACUGAGGCUAGACAUGCGGGAGCUGAGCUGCAGAUGGAAGGACGGUAUGAUGUCAACAUGGAUUCUGACUUUCAAAAUGAUUUUAGUUUUGUUACUGGGAGUCCAGGAGCUGCACUGAAACUAGAAGGAGGGAUGUCUGCUUCUUCACAAUCUACAGAGGCCUUUUCACCAUUGAGCUGUACAUCCGCAGCAGGUUUUCCUCCGGACAGUGAGGAUUCCAGUGAGGCAGGAACGAAGUCUGACCUUCAAGAAAGCGUGAUAGAGGGUCAUCGUGUGAAGCUUCAGAAGACCAUGAAGCAGGAAGAUGUAGAUUUGCGACUACAUGAUAAACGCAUGGAGGUGACAAGUGAACCAAGAAACGAUAAGCAAACAGAUGAAGAAGACGACGAAGACCGGGAGAUGAACACAGAGGAUACAGCGCAGUGUUCAGAAGAGCUAGUGAUCACUAAAGUUGAGGACUUCACAAGUGAAAUGCCAAUAGAUGUAGACUACACUGGGGAUCACAGUGGAAGGAUGGAGGUGGAUAAACCAGAAUAUGCAGAUACACAAACGGCAAAAGACGACAAAAACAGGAUGGAGUCAUUUGGAAUGCAAACAGAGCCUGUGGUGAGACUCAGGAAGCUUCAUUUGGUCCAGCCCUCUGUCGAUCUGUCUGUGAAGAUCAAGGAGGAGCCAAUAGAUGAGGAGUGUAGAAAGUCUCCUCAGGCUCCAGAGAGAACCUUGAGGGAACAUGAGGAUUUUACCCAGACACCUGAUGAGAUCACGAUCCGUCCGGCGUUCCCCGUGGGAGGAAAUGCCAUUGGAGCUCCAGCGGCAAGAGCCGCAAAAGCACCAUCAGUCCCUGCCGUGUCCAUUCCCGAACAAGCCCCUUUCAGUGCCAUUGUUACGGUGUGUGCCGGCUGUAAAAGGAUCAUACUGAAGGGUAAAACGGCCUUCCAGCGCAGCGGCUCUCCUAAACUCUACUGCUCACCUCAGUGUCUCUGCAUCACCUCUGCCAUUGAGGUCAAAAAGAAAACAUGUCACCACUGCCUCAAAGAGAUUUCUCACCCAAAGGAUGUGCUUUUAGCCUCAGUGGACACGUCAGGAACUACUAAGGAGUUCUGCAGUCAGAAAUGCAUUAGUGCUUUUAACUUCAGGUGCAGCGUGUGUCAGAGGACAAGUGUGACUCAUGGUCACGAGGUGAAGUCCAUGGGCACCGUCCAUAAGCUGUGCAGCGACGUUUGUUUCAACCAGUUCCUCUCUUCCAAUAAGUUGACCAUGAACUGUUGUAUGAACUGUGGUGGGUACUGUAAAAGCACAGACGGUUCGUGUCCCUCUCUACAGAUAGAGGGCAACACUGUCAAGUUCUGCACCCAAAAGUGCCUCAAAGUCUACAAAAAGAGGAGUCUCAAAACUGCCACCUGCAAAAUGUGUCACGCCAAGCGCCCAUCUGCAGAAAUGGUGGUCAGUCAGAACUCAGAGGGUGGAGAAGAGCUUUUCUGCUCUGACUCUUGUGCCACGACCUAUACAGCCCAGACUCUCAGUUCCUCAGGUACUGCUGUGGAAUGCAAAAACUGCAAGAAGAAACAAGUACCACAGUAUCAUCUAACAAUGUCUGAAGGAACCGUUCAAAACUUCUGCUCCUUUACCUGUGUAGUGUCUUAUGAGGCGGUAAUAAACAAAAAGCAAGCUCCUAAGAAGAUAACCUCUACAAGCAACAAUGUUCCUGCCCCAAAACCUGCUGCCCCAAGAUCUGCUCCUGCGGCGACCAGUUCAUCAGUAAAGACUGCCUCCUCCAGUAGACCGGUCCAAAUGGUCACCCGACUCCCUUGUGCUCAAUGUCUGCAGUCAUUCUCCCACAAGCCAAAGCUACUGGAGUUCAAGAAAAAAAUGUAUGUGUUCUGUGAUGACUCUUGUGUUGGGGACUUUGGAAAAACAAAAAACGUCACAGCUCUCUGCGAAUACUGCAAGACCGAUCAAGUUGUGAAAAGUGUGAAAAGGAUAAGCAAGGUUGACCGGACUUUCUGUGGGCAGAAAUGUAAGUUACUCUUUGAGGAUAACCUGGCCAACGAGUGGGGCGAGAAAUACUGUCGUGACUGCUUUUACUGUGAUGCUGGCUCUAAGACUCGAGUGACUGGGGUUUUUAAUGACAAGCAGGAGGAGUUUUGUGAAACCCAGUGCUUGUCAAAAUAUACUUCACUGAUCCAUCAGGAUUCUAAGGGGAUCAAAUGCACAAUGUGCAAGCAGGGCAGUAAGAUGAAUGAAACUGUGAAAUGGUUGGACGAGAUGAAGCAUUUCUGCAACCUGCGGUGCCUGAUGUUCUUCUGCAGUCUGCAGGCCGUCACAGGGGCGGUCACUAAAGCUGCAAACAAAUCUCUAUCCAAACGGGGUGCAACGUCAGUGUCCUCUACAGUCCAUCAACGCCCUAAAGAGACCACACCCAUCAUCGCCAAUGUUAGAUCGUUCUCAAGUGAAGCCAAUGGACAGUCUGAUGUUCUGGAAAGCAAAGAUAUGGAUGGCUCUGUUCCAUCCAUUACUGUAGAAGUUCCAGAGGAUGAAAGUUUUCCAGAACAAACGGUCAGUACACAGAAAUGCACUGUGAGGACUUGUGCCCGGCCACGUCGAAACCAAAAGAGAAAGGCCUUACCGCAUAAUACCAAGCACAAAACUAUAGCCUGUAAACCCAACACCCGUAAUGCUGAGACACAAAGUGAUGAAAUUCCUAAAGUAAUAGUGUUGCCUGUGCCUGUGCCGGUGCCUGUGUUCGUGCCGGUUCCUAUGAAUCUCUACACACAGUAUGUUCCUCAGACUGUUGGGUUACCGUUACCGAUUCCAGUGCCCAUGUUCCUCCCUACAACUCUGGACAGUGCUGAACGCAUUGUGAAGACCAUCCAGGAAAUCAAAGAGAAGAUCCCUGAUGAUCCUCUGGAGGCUGAUCUCAUCAUGAUGGCGGAGAUGGUGGCUGAGGACGCAGAGAGGGAGAAAAAAAUCAAAGCUAGUGAUCAGAAAAGUAACUUAAUGGAUAUUGAUUCGGAAGACGUGUCCAGCAAUCUAAGUUGGGAAGAGGAUUCUGUCUCUUCUGCUCAGACAUUGGAUCAGACUCCAGAGCUGGAGAAAGCACAGUCUAAAUCUGUUCCAGAACUAGAGAAAGCACAGUCUAAAUCUGUUCCAGAACUAGAGAAAGCCCUGUCUAAAUCUGUUCCAGAGCUGGAGAGAGAACUAUGUAAAUCUGUUCCAGAGCUGGAGAAAGCACAGUCUAAAUCUGCUCCAUCCAUCAAUCCAUCUACACUGACCCCCACCCCUAUCCCAACAGAAGAGCCACAGAUUGACCUGCAAGCUGAUUUUCCAGUCGCGAGCACUGAACUUAUAAAAGAGCAAAAACACAACAAAAAGGAGGUGAAGGUAUCAGAUGUCAAACAGAAGCCUCGCAGAAAAGACAGUGAUAGCGUUCUUCAAAAGAAACGGGACAAUAAGUGUGCAGCGUCAGCCACAUCAGACGGCCCAGCUGACCUCUCCAAAAUGCAACAUGAGUCUGGUGUCAGUGCUUGGAAGAAUUGGGUGCGCUGGAGGAACUCCCAACCUCAUGUGGAGACUCCCAAAUUUGGCGCGCGAAGCAUGACGCUCAAGGAGGACUUGUUGAAGUGUAGCACUGCUGAGUUGAGCUACGGCCUCUCCAAGUUCAUCUCUGAAGUUUGUCGACCCAAUGGAGAGAAUUACAGCCUUGAUAGCAUCUUUUAUCUCUGCUUAGGCAUCCAACAGCAUCUGUUUAAGAAUAAUCGGAUGGAGAACAUAUUCACAGACGUCUGCUACAGCAGAUUCUGCCAGGAUAUGACCAACAUGCUCAAAGGAUGGACACCCACUAUUUUGUCCAAUGGUUAUGUUCAUUCUCAAGUAGAGGAGAAAUACAUGUGGGACUGUAAGCAGUUGGGGGCGUUCUCACCCGGCGUGCUGCUGAACACGCUGCUUUAUUUCUUCACCAAGUUCUUCAAUUAUAAAACAGUGGAGCAGCAUCGUCGCCUCUACUUCGGCCGCUUCAAGCGCUACUGUCAGGGCCAGGGUAACAGCAAAGUGGUCUAUUUGCACUUUUAUCCCCAUAAAGAGGACACAAGCACAGAUGGUGUUCCAGCGAAAAAGAGGAAAAAAGAAGAUGAAAGGGGAAAGCCGCUAAAGAUAAAGGAGAAUACAGAGAAUCCCUUCCGCUGUCCUGUUCGACUUUUUGAGUUCUAUCUCUCGAAAUGUUCUCCCAGCGUGAGACAUAGCACGUCCCAGUUUUACUUGAAUCCUGAACGCUCCUGUGUGCCAAGCAGCCCCACAUGGUUCUCCACAUCCUCGCUGAGCGAUGAGGCUCUGGAAAACAUGCUCGCCCGCAUCCUAACUGUUAGAGAGCUGUACAUGCAAGAAGACCAAUCGCCUCAUGAAGCGGAAUCUGACAGUGACUCGGAUUGAGAAACGGACCUUAAAAACACAAACAUGACUGUUAAGCAAUGGAUUUUUCCUGGAUGAUUCUGUUUUAACACAAGUUGUUAGGGCUUGUUUGUUUGUUUUGCGUAUUGUUCACUGUUGUGUUUAAUGUUCUCGUAUUUGACUGUACAUAGUUUAAUUGUUUUUAUAUGUACUGUAUGUAUUUAUACAUUUGAAAAGUGUUUAGAGAGUACAUAACUAGGGAUUUUUAGAAGGUGUAAAGACACCAUUAUUUCGAAGUAAUAGGCAGUUAUUCUUACCUUACUUCUUGACUGACUCAAAUUAUUCGUUCCGCGAUUCACCUGUCUAAUCCCCUCCUUUCCGCUAGCCUAGUCUGAUGUGAUCGGUCAGAUGGUCUAGUCUGCUGUGAUUGGUCUACUGCGAAUGAGGCUCAGGAGUUAGUGUUUGGGGGAGGAGAGUGAAGUUUUCGAAGGCAGUCCUAGCAAAACAUAGACGGGGACUAUAUGUAAUGACGUAAAUCCGCGGCGGUUUGACUAGGGACGACUCCCUUUUUUCCAAGCCAAUAACUUUGUUAUUCAUUCAUCUUCGGAUUUACAAUUUGGCAGACUGCUUACUUUCUAACACGGCAACAUUACACACUGCAUGAAAUGUGAUUUUCAUGAUCUUGUUAUGUACUCUUUAAGAAAAAGCUUUCAAAAUGUGCAUUCGAGGAGAUAAGAGCACAAUACUGGAUUGUGCAGCGCCUCAUUUUGCAGUCUUUGUAUUACAUUGAAACACUACACUGAAAGACAUUAGCAGGCUCAUUGUAAAAUCACAUUCACUGAGAGUGAGGGGAGGGUCGAUUUUGAAUAUGUAAGUGUUAUUUUUUUUUGGAAGCAAUGCUAGACCUGUUGCAAUGUCUCUAAUAUUUCUAAAAUGGUCAACUGUGGUUAACGCUACAUUUCAUUUUCAAAUAAGACCAAACCCAAAACUAUGAUUGUGUUGAUCUUUUUUCCUUAAGUUAUAAUUGAUUUUAGGUUAUGAGCUGAGCACAACAAAUUAAAUGUAUUGUUGAGGUGAUGUUGUUUGACCAUAACACCCUGGUGGUGAUUUUAGAAUAAGAGUAUUCUAAAAUCAGUAUUAACUUGUAUUGACUAUAAAAAGGACAUGUUUUUCUACAAACAGCAAUGUCACACUGUCUAAUAUAACAAUAUAAUCUCUUAAAUGGUGCGGGUAUAAUAAAAAUAUAGUUCAUAGUUACUGUUUAGAGAAGGACAAGAUGACCAAAUAUCAAAUGUGAAACGAACAUCAACAUCCUGUCAGGAACUUUCCCAACAAUCCGGAAGUUCAUUUAAACACUUAUUUUACUAUAUAAAUACAUAGUUUAAAAUGCAAAAAUGUUACAUAUAUAUAUAUAUAUAUAACAUUUAUAUACUGUGUAUAUAUAUUAUCCCCAAAGAGAGGACAUUCUAUUCUGAGCUUGAGAAGCCCUUGAAAUUAUAGUUGUGGGUGAAUAAAAGAAAUGUUAAUGUCUUGAUACAUUUUAUUAACCCUUAUGCGGUCUUCGGGAUCUUUUUGACCCGCAAAUGACGUUUGCUAAAAUAAAAAGUUCUCUUUGUCUAAAUGGCAUGAAACUUUGUACGGUAGUCAACACUUUCUAGAGCUACAAAUAAAAUUGAAUUUUAUGUUAGUGAGAAAAAAAGUCACACUCAUGGUCGCUUAGAAAAUGGACAAAAUUCAUCCUCAAAAUUAGAAACAACGCAGAACACGCAUAGACAGAAAUGAAGUGGCACACUUCCAGCAAUGCAAAAAACAUCCACAAUGCAAAAUGAUCACACACACACAGAGAGAGAGAGAUGAAAGGAUGAGACAAAACAAUGUAUCAUAGACACAGUUCUCUUACAGUUAGUAACUAAUAUUUAGA